AUGUCGAACGAGGCACCUGUCACCAGCGCACUAGCGGCUUCGCUAGGCGCUAGACCUCCUCUUCCUCCUCCUCAUGCGAAGAUUGCGAUUCCUCGCCAACGUUCAAAUGUCGCACAGAAGCACAGUAGACGUGUCCCGCGGGCAUGUGAAUCAUGCCGGAUAAGAAAAACCAAAUGCAGUGGCGAUACCCCGCUGGAAUCAGAUUCGGGCUAUGUGUCCAACGACGUUUCUAGCGAGAGAACUUUGCCCGCGGACAAGUUCCAAGAAGCAGCAGACGAACAAGCCAGCGAGCCUUCUUCCGUUGGGUCACUGGACGCGUUGGACAAAGUCGAAUAUGAUGUUAACCUCAACAAUCAAUCGCGAGCCACGGGGUAUAUUGGCAAAGGCUCGGAGAUCACUUGGAUGCAACGGGUGCAGAAAGAGACCGAGCAACGCCGCAGGAGCCAGUCGGGGCUUCCUGAUCCCAGUGGAGGUGACGAAGACAACACUACGAGCCAUGUGUUUGCCCCUCCCGAGAUGAACUAUCAUCUUGACGAUUUCGACAUCGGGGUAUCAGAGCCAGUGCAGAUGUACUGGGUGCCAUCUCGGCCGCUAGCGGAUAAGCUUUUCGAGACUUACCUGCGCGUGGCUCAUCCUUACUUUCCCAUCAUCAACCGUCCUUUAUUUUGUGAUCAGUACGGAAGGUUUUUCGACAGCUUUGCUCUGCCCGGUGACAAAUGGAUGGCUAUUUUGAACAUGGUAUUCGCCAUUGCCGCCAAUUAUGCCCACGUCGCCCAGUUGGAGUGGCGUGGGAAUCCCCAAGAUCAUCUGCUCUAUCUGACCCGGGCUCGAAUGUUGAGCAUGAGUGGAGACGAAGUGUUUCGCCAUCCGGAUCUUCAGCAAGUCCAGGUGGAGGGCUUGAUGGCGUUCUACCUGGUCUCUACGGAUCAGAUUCAUAGGGCAUGGAGGAUAUCGGCGUUGGCGAUCCGCUCCGCGAUAUCUCUUGGAAUCAAUUUGAAGAGCAGCAAUCAAAUGAUCAGCAAUGUCUCCAAGGAGAUUCGCAACCGGGUUUGGUGGUCUCUCAUUGCCACGGAGAACAAACUCGGCCUCAUGACCGGCCGGCCCACUUGUAUCUCGGUGAGCAUGUGUAUUGCACCGCUACCGCUCCCGUUCGAAGAGAAUAACCUGCAGGAGCAACCGGCCACUUCGCUUCUCAACGAUCCUGGCCUCCGGGACAAGCAUGUAAAUAAUGCCAUGGCUAGCUCGUACCUUCGAAAAACGCACUUUGGCAACUCUAACAACGAACGGGAUAUACCCUCGACUCUCGAAUGGCUCCACCGCCUGCCCGUUUCUCCCGGACUAUAUUUCCUCUAUUCUUGUGACCUUACAAUGUUGAUGCAGGGGCUUUUAGACCGUGUAUACGCGGCCAACGCCGUGCAUCAACCGUGGAGGAAUCUCAAAGACCGGAUUGGUGAGAUUCAAGCAAGGGUCGAUUUGUGGAUCUCCUCACUUCCGCGCGGUCUGGAUUUUACCCGCACGGACGACGCGGAUCAAGGAUCCGAUGAGAAGAGACGACUGGCUUUCCAAUAUUACAGUGCACGAAUCAUGCUGGGUCGUCCAUGCCUUUGUCGACACCAUAAGAACGAUGCCCAGAAACACUCGAACGAAGAACAGGCAUUCACCCAAGCCAUGGCUGUAUCAACCAUCGAGUCUGCCGUCCAGAUGGCUCAUUUGAUCCCAGAUGAAUCGGACGCCGGUCUGUCGGCUGAAGUUCGCCCCUGGUGGUGUCUUCUCCAUUAUGUCAUGCAAACAUUAACGGUCAUUAUCCUUGAACUUUCUUUUAGCAGCGUUCACAUGCCGAAGGAAGAGGGCAAUUUACUACAGCUGGCCAAGAAAUGUAUCCGAUGGCUCGCCAGGACGUCCAAGCAUAGUGUUGCCUCCCAUCGAGCGUGGCAGCUCUGUGACAGCGCCCUCCGCCGGCUGGCAGAGCCCCUGGGUUUCGACGUGAGCGAUCUACCCUCGCCUCACUAUGAGCCGGGGCAACAUGUUCAUCUGGAUCCUCUUGGUUUCCCGGCCAUGGAAGGACAUGUUACGGCGGUCGAUGAUAACCCGAUACCGGAGUUUAUCAUGGCUGACCCUGUUGAAGGCUCUUACGGGCCCCUGUCCAUGCCUCCGGCAGGUCCUUCCGUUGGUUCGAGAACAAAUCCUCCAUUUUCAGCAGCGGGACACGGGGUUGGCGAGGGGUCUUUUGCUCAUGAUCCAAUCAGCGAGUCGUUCGUAGAAUUCUUCUUCCCCUGA